CUUCCGCACUUUACGACGCGACAAACAAAGCCAUGGCACGUAAAGCUUUUGGACUUCGCAUCGCGUAAGUGCCCCAACAUUCAAGCAAGCAGCAUUCGAUCCCAUCGCGCAAGUGCACCAACACACAACUUGCAUGAAACCAUGUAUAAAUUGCGCAAUGCUCCAGUUGAUCCCCAAAAAAUCACUGGCUGAUGCCUUGGCGUGGCGGACUGGCGGGCACGGGGUGUAGAGAAACUAAUCAAAUGGCGGCCGCGCCGGCGCAUAUCCACAUCGAGUCGGUACAGACCGCCGUCCCGACGCGCGUCGCGGCGGACCGCGGGCGGCUGCUGCCCAUCGCCGUGCACGGGCCUGCGCUCACGGCCGCGGAGCUGCAGCGUCGGUUCCUCGCGGUGCUCUACUACCGCGGCACGGAAGGCGUCCACGGCCAGCAGCUGGACGAAGGCGAGGCGAGGGCGCGGCUGGAGCAGGCGGUGUGGGUGACGGAGGCGCUCAGCGCGGCGCUGCCCGACCACCCGAAGAUGGCCGGCCGGCUUCGGCGGGGCUCCGACGACGCGCCGUCGUGGGGGGUGAAGCUUAGCGACGCCGGGCUGCGGUUCCUCGUGGCGUCGGCGGACACGACCAUGUCCGCGUUCCUGGCGGAGGAGGCCAAGGGCGCCCGCGAGAGCAACGAGUCGGCCCUGGCGCUGUGGACCGACGUGGACCCGCUGGACCCCGAGAUGUGCGCCCCUUUCGUCAUGCAAUUCACACGGUUCCAGGACGGCGGCUACGCCAUCGGCGCGUGCUGCAGCCUGCUCCACGCCGACCCGCUGUCGCUCGCCGACUUCCUCAAGUCGUGGGCGCGCACGCACGCGCAGCUUCAGGCGCAGAGCGAGCUCGUCAUCAACCAGGUGAUACGGUACACGCACUACUUCCGAAGCCCAGCCGCCGCCGCCAAGCGCCUGAAGUCCGUCCCGCUCGUCCCCCCAUCCGCCGAAAGCACCACGAAGACCGUGCUCUUCAGGACUGCCGCCGGCGGUGACGCACCGGCCGCCGACGACCGUCGCCAAGCGCUCGCUGAGGCCUGCAUCGCCCAGGCCAGCGAGAAGCUGGGGGUCGAGAAGCCGGCGCGGUUCACGGUUCUCGCUGCUGAUGGCUCGGGAGGGCUGAACGUGCAUGCGUGCACGGGGCAGACGAGGAAGACAGCUGCGUCUCCGGGGUACGCGCUUCGAGAUGCGUGCUGGCACGAGGCCGGACUCGAGGAGGUCGUGCUGGACGGGAGCAAGCCCGUGCACGUGUCCUGCAGCAUCGUCUCGCCGUGUGCCGACGAGGGGCUGGUCGUCGUGAUGCCGGCAGCGGCAGGGGGAACCGAGCUUUUGAUCAGCGCAACUGCUCCGAGCUGGUAGGAAGUAUAUAUAUAAAGGUGGGACAUAGGCACACGCCGUUUGCAAAUGGUACAUACGUCUACAGUAUUGGUGCAGCGAAGUAUCUGACCAGAUAAUGGAACUGUGACGUGUUGGUGAAAUAUCAAACAUGAUUAUAUGUAAUUCAAUUGCUGACUGGCAAUCUGAACGAAAUAAAAUGGACAGAUGAUCA